GAGUUUUUUUUCAGUUCACAUGAAUUAAUGAUUUGAUUUACUUGGAACACAUUGGAUCAGCUGGUGAAGGAAUGAAAAUAUUUAAAUAUCUUUGAUGUUAUCACGCACUGUGAUUGAUCAGUUAAGAGAUAUAAUGGAGUACAACAGCAACUGCAACAAGCAAGUGACAAGACUCAGGAAUUCUUUGUUUGGGUCACUAUUAGAAGCGUUUCAACUAAGCCCCAACCACUUGACAGACAUGGUUGCGCCGAGGGGGCAUCCCUGCAUGCCUCGAUCUGGAACUUGCUAAUCUCAGAGUUGGCAUUAUCAGAUAGCUUUUCUUAGUUUCUUCUUUGGCUAUGGCGGUUUCUAGCAAAGCCAUAUUUAUUCACUUCCCCACUACGCAGAACUGAAGAGAUAAGCUCCAUUUAGUUCCAUCUGCCUUUCCAAAUCGUAUUCAAAACCCACUAAAGAAAACGAAAAAUGGUGGUCGUCUCCGGCACCGACGAAGUUUCAGGGAAUACCUCUCUAUCUCCAAGUUAUGAUCGAAUGAAGGAGCUAAGGGAAUUCGAUGAAACUAAAGUAGGUGUGAAGGGUCUUGCCGACGCCGGGGUGGUUAAGAUCCCUCGUAUCUUCGUCCACCCGCCCGAUACCCUUCAUGAUCUGCCCUCUCAUCUGGGUUCCAUUCAGAGCCGCCGUCAGACCCAUCUGACGAUUCCGGUCAUAGACCUUCAGGAGGCCAUCGUCGGCGUAGACCAGACAGAAGCAAGGAAGGAAGUAGUAGACAAAAUCUGGCAAGCAUCAGAGACAUGGGGUUUCUUCCCAGUGGUGAAUCAUGGGAUCCCACAGACUUUGUUGCUGGAGACACUGGAAGGGGUUCGAAGGUUCUACGAGCAAGAUACGGAGAUCAAGAAACAGUUUUACAGUCGCGAUUUCGUUGGUGAGAAGGUCGUCCACAACUCCAAUUAUGAUCUCUACAGCUCUCCUGCUGCCGAUUGGAGGGAUACCAUGUAUUGCGUAAUGGGUCCUCAGCCUCUUGACCCUCAAGAACUGCCUCUCAUUUGCAGAGAUGCAUUGAUGGAAUACUCGAAGCAAGUAAGGAGGUUGGGGAUUGUUUUGUUCGAGUUACUGUCAGAGUCUCUGGGGCUAAACCCCAAACACUUGAUAGACAUGGGUUGUGCAGGGGGUCAUGCUCUUCUCCCUCACUAUUAUCCUGCCUGCCCUCAGCCUGAACUGACUCUCGGCACCUCCAAGCAUUCCGACAAUGAUUUCCUCACAAUCCUUCUGCAAGACCAAAUUGGUGGGCUCCAAGUUCUUUAUCAGAACCAAUGGGUUAAUGUUUCCCCCAUGCCAGGAGCUCUCAUCAUCAACAUUGGGGAUCUUCUGCAGCUGAUUUCUAAAGAUAUAUUUAAGAGCAUAGAACAUCGAGUACUGGCUCACAGCAAAGGCCCAAGGCUUUCGGUGGCUUGUUUCUUCACUACUGGGCUUCAAUCAUCCACAAGGGUUUAUGGGCCAAUCAAGGAGUUGUUGUCAAAAGACAACCCACCUGUCUACAGGGAAACCACCAUUAAAGAGUAUACCGCAUCCUACCGAGAGAAGAAAUUUGAUCGCUCCUCUGCUCUGGCAUAUUUCAAGCUGUGA